ACUUCACUGAGGGACAGCGACCCCCUACUUUAGUGAAGGCUACUACACACCCACAAAAGUUUCGCUGCGAACCGUAUACUGUAAAUGCACAGUUUACAAUAACAGACCUCACCAGACGACGGAAUGUCAAAUGACCUACGAUUAAGGGAAACCUUUGUGCGGUGCGGAGCGGGGGAGGCGUCAGUAAAUGUGUGACAUCGACACUGGGUAGUUUCAGGAACUGGAGAAAAAGGGUGUGUGUUAUUAGUAAUCAGACAAGCAAAAAGUCCCACAGUCGAACUGCCAGCGAGGGCAGACGAAGAAGCGGACAGAGGGAACAGAUAGACUUCUACGUUACUUCUGUCUAGCUUUGUGUGGUUUACGCGCGUUUGGCAUUUCUAAUAGGCAAAGAUAUACUGAAAGAGAGCUGGAUUAUUCAAACAUCACAUUCCUUUCAGCUGAAACACUUCUGGUCGUGGUACGGAUAUCAAAUUCUUUUUAAGGAGGAUAGUGGAUGCGGAGCCGGCUCUCAGCCUGCGUGGGUAAUGUCUACGAUGGAUGGUAUUUUAUGUCAUAUUUCAUCAGUCUGACUAAUCAAAGGCACGGAGAACCGUUGAGUCACUGGAUUUUCAACGGAAAGGUUAUUUCUCAAGAGCAAGAAAUAUAAACUAUCCAUUUAUUUGAGCAUUACUCGGGAUUUCCAAUAUCCUAUUUGUCAAAACCAUACCCGAUUCGACGUUCACUGUGUUAAAUUUGAUGUACAUAGAACUAUGCUCCAGCUGAUAAUGCCUUUGUGGAAAAUCUCAUGCACCUGAUCCAGUUUAAUCAGAUUAUGAAGAUAUUGCAUCACAGUGUCAAUGACGGGUAAGAUGGAGACCCCUUUUUAUCACGAUGACACGCCAAGACUUCCCAAUUUUGGACAAAUGUCAGAUUAUGAAAGGUACCACAGCCACAAGAUGAUGAGCAAAAAAAACAUGGCAGGCCAUCAUUUCCACGGUGCUAUGGGAGGCACCUCAACUCUAAAACUUCUACAGGAACAGCCUGGAACCAAUGGCAACAUCAAUCCUAAUAACCUAGGAAUCACCAGCAACACAAACAGCUCUUUAAUGCCUCCGACUGACAUGAAUCUCCUGAAGCUGGCAUCCCCUGAUUUAGAGCACCUAAUAAUUCAGUCUAACCAGGGUCUGGUGACGACCAGCCCAGCGCCUAAUUCCACAGGCGGCCCCUUCAUGUACAGGAACCAAGCAACUAACGAACAAGAGGGCUUUGCGGAUGGCUUUGUCAAAGCACUGGCCGAUCUUCAUAAACAGAAUCAGCUUAUGGGGGCACCAAUGUCCCCGUCCUCAUCCAUUCAAGGUCCUUAUCAGAGGAACCUCAUGUCCAGUGGAGAAAUGCCCAUCUACACUAAUCUCAACAGCUACAAUCCCAACCAGAUCACAGUAUCCACAUCUUACACUGGCGGCCAGCUGCCUUACACGGCCUCCAGUCAUGCCGCGAGCCUCAGCGGACAGGGGCAAAGGCCCCACCCCCACGGUCGCGGUCUGGACGCACCCCAGACGGUCCCUGAGGUGCCUCACCCGCCGGGGGACCCCGCCAGCUCCCCUCCCUCCCUCUCGCCCAUUGACCUGGAGACCCAAGAGCGAAUCAAGGCGGAGAGGAAGAAGCUCCGAAAUCGCAUCGCUGCAUCCAAGUGUCGCAAGAGGAAGCUGGAGAGGAUCUCGCGCCUGGAGGAGAAGGUGAAGGUGCUGAAGACCCAGAACUCUGACCUGGCCUCCACCGCCAGCAUUCUGCGAGAGCAGGUGGCACAGCUCAAGCAGAAAGUCAUGAAUCAUGUCACCAACGGUUGCCAGAUAGCAGUGAGCUCAGCCACCAUGGCAAAAAGUGGGGAGAGCACCAGCUGCUGAACUUGAAUGAAGAGGUGGUUUUGCCAUCACUGGUUGAGUCAGUGCUGUGAAGCAAUUAUCAGAUAAUAAUAAUUAUUAUUAUCGUCAUGGCAGCUGGAGUAUGGAAGAUGAGCGGCGAAGUAAAGCCCUAAUGUCCUGACUUUUACACCCACUUUUCCAGCUGAGCUAACUACAAACAUUGGGCAUAAGAUGUGGAAAGUCUGUUUUGGAGAAAUGUACCGCAGAAUGGCUUUUCAGUGCGCUCUGGAUGGACAGCUACACAAUUCAGAUAGAUACUGUAAAUGCGGACACGCAAAAGUAACAAUGUGCUCUCUGCGACAAGAAGGGAAAACACUCACUUUGAAAGUGUGACAUAUGACUAGACUUUCUUAGGACCCAGUCGAGGAGGGAAAAGGGAAUCAGUUACAAACUGAUAUGUGGACAGGCAUUUCAUAGCAGCAUAAUGGAAGUAUUUGGGAUGGGGACAAAAAAAAAUUAAAAAUAAAUCAGGGCAUUCAUUUGAAAAAAGGGAAUCUGCACUUUGGAGCAUCUGGAAUUAAAUCUCAUUGGAUUCCAAAGGGGGAAAUUAUUACCUUUUAGUCUCAAAACAGUGAUUUAUUUAGUGAACAUGUACCUUUAGGGAAAGCAAGACCGAGAAGGGGGGAUUAUCCUGCUUUACAAGCAUUCCAGUAAAAUAUUUUGUAAUGUUUCAAGUUCAAAGAAACAUUUGAAAUGAGGAUGAGCGAUAUAAUGUGAAUUUGAAGUUCUGUAUAACGUGAAUUUUGUUCUAAGUAGAUCUUACAUGGCACUUCUGGGCCGUGAGUUUAUACUUGUAGUUGUCUCGAGUGAAAAAUAUUUCAAAGGUAAAAACAUUAUCUAGUAAAAAGUGUCCCCACAUCAUUGAACUUGAUCUUUGACUGUGUUGUGAUGUAAUUACAAGUGCAGAUUUACCUGUUUCAGUCGCAUCUUUACAGUAUUUUGGAAUAUAUUGUUUGUUUUGGCUUCUUAAUGUGAGAUGUACAGGUAUAUGUAUGGAAAAAUGACAUUAUGAAAUGACAACCUUUUUAAAAAUACUCAAUUUAAGUGUGUAAAUGUUGUCUGUGUUUAUUAUUUAAUAACAUAGAUAAGUAUAAUCAGAUCCAACACAAAGCUACAUGAUGUAUGAUAUUUUGAUAUUUUGUAAAGCGACCGGUUUUAUUAUAACAGACUACUUUUGAUGGUUGUGUGUAAUCAUUGACCCUAAGCGGAUUUGGAGGAUUCUUCUGCAUUCCAAGGCAAAGAUCUUGCACUGUAUUUUCCAUAAGUGUGCCUAGGAGAUGCGUAUUAACAAACCGUUAAAUGCUGUGUUCUGUGUCUUAACCUUGCGUUUUAACGGUUUGUUAACAAUGAACAAAACUGUCAGGCUGUCAUUUUGGAUGGCAUCGACUUUAUUUAACAUGCUGUGUUCAAUUUGCACACUGUCCGGGUAUUUAAACAAUGAAUAAGGCUGCAUGUAAAUGGGGAGGGAAAUGACCGUGGGGCAAAGCUAGACAGACGCAAGACUGCAACAAGGGCUUUUGAUCAAUAGUAUCUUGUUUGUACUGUUUUGUUUUUGAUUUUUUUUGAGCAAUCUAUUUAUGCAAAAAUCCUCUAAUAUUUAUGUUGUGUGUGUAAAAAAAGUGUAAAAGUUGAAUUCCAGAUGUCUUGUUGACAUAUUUUGAGAAUAAUAUUGCACAUAAAUCAAAACAUUAAAUGAUAUCUGAAAUAUAUUUGUCUCAGACUGUGUACAGAAUAUCAGAAUAUGAAAAUACAUUAUCUUCAGAGAUGUGGGGGACAAGAGGAAAGGCAUGCCAUUUCUUUCUGGGGGGGGGGGGGGGGGCAUUCUUACAAUUAAACUGAAGAGAGGAUAGUGUUUGAUUUGAGUAAAAUGAAUCCUUUCUCAAUCCAUGUUCAUUAUCAUCUAAAAGAGUUUUCUGGCAAUGUGCCAGUAAGAUAUAGAUUUUAAAAAUGAUGCAUUACCGUCUGAAGCACUGACUGGAUACCGAAAGCAUACUGUAGGAUCAAAUGCAUAUAUAUCCACACAACAGAGUUUUAAGAAAAUUUAAAAAUGUUGUAUGAGCAUUGCAUUCAAUUUUUGGUGCACUGACUCCUUAAAUAUUUAUUCCAUAUGACACCUAUAGUGUUAUUUAUACAUAUCUAUAUUCAUAUACUCAAAUUAAUUUGCAAACAUAACAGGAUUAUUUUAAAUAGAUUUUGAAAAUGAGUGUUGCUAAAGAUAUAUUUAUUUUUAAAACUUGAAUAAGGCUUUUUGACAUUGACUACCAAUUAUAUUUUUGUACAAAAAUGUUUUAAAAUGUAAAAGUUCUUGAGUGCAAGCUGAAGUAAAGUAUUCAUACAACUUUCCAUAAUUUCUGAAUGAUUUAUUAAGGAUAGAUUAAACUGGCCAUUUAUUUUUAAACACCAGUAGUUCCUACUUUAUUGAGGCAAAACUACUACUGUCUUUGCAUAAUGGAUCAAUGAUAGGCUCAUGUAUGUGACAGUAUCUACUUGCAGCUAUUUUGUGGCCAAGAUAGAAGGAUGUUUUAUCAGCAAAACUUUCAUGUACCUGUCAUAAUCACAAACAUGUAGUUGCGAUACACGUAGCAUAUGUUUUUUUGUUUUUUUUUACAGAACCAUGAAGGUGUAGCUUUGUCCAGCCAGCUAUGGUCGUUUUAAUUCCAGGGAAAAUAAAAGUUGUUUGUUUUGAAAAGACUUUCCUAGAUGUAGUCAGAUGACAA